GGACGUCACUUCCGCUUCCCCGCCACUGUCGCGGUUUCAUGGGGACAGACCCUCAGCGGAAGAGGGAUGGUGAGCGGCGAGGGCGAGGGCGAGGCCCCGCUCGGCUUCCCCGACCAGUUCCGCUGCUACUCGGAGAACGAGAAGCACUGGCAGGCGCGGCGGGCCUUCCUCGUCCGCAACCUCCCUGCCUCCGAGGCCGGGGAGGCGCUCCCUCCGCUGCGGGUGGACCAGCUGCUCUCGCUCUCUAUGGUCUGGGCCAACCACCUCUUCCUCGGAUGCAGCUACAGUAAAAAUCUCUUGGACAAGGUAACAGAAAUGGCUGAGGGGAUCGAAGUUGAUGAUGCACCACAUUUCACUACUCGUGAUGAAUUAAUGAAAAAGAACCAGCACUAGUGACUAAGAGAAGAGAUGCCCGACUUUCAUCAUGCCAUACAGUUCACUUACAUGGAAGAUUGUAACCUGGGAACUGCAAGACACAUCACUUCUUACAUUGGAUACUCAUUUUAGAUAGCUUUAAAGAAUGUAUAUACCUUGAAUUAAGAUUACAGAAAAUUCUAAACGUCACUCAUUCAUUGAUCAUCUGGCAUAAACUUCAAAAACUCUUCUAGAAACAGAGAUGGGGGCUGAUGUGCUGGUUCUGGUUCUUCCUGAAGUUUAACAAUCUGACAGGUAUCAUGGGUAGUAGAAUGUAGGUGCCAGGCAACUAGAGCUAAGGUGAAGGGUCUAGCUGGUCAGAGCAGAGAGACAUACUGUGCACCUUGCUGUUAACAUCUGAAGCAGGAGUACACAGCAUGCCUAUUUGCUCUGAGGUGGUAAGUGGAGAAGACAGUAGAACAAGGGAUCUGCAUAUGUACAGAAACCUGCACCAUUCCAAGACUUUUGACAAGGCCCCAUAUAUUUGCCUCGGUAUUGGAGACCAUCAGUCACAUAGUGGAGGUGUUGCUACAUGGAGAACUAUCUGUCACCAGAGACUUCAUGAAAACAGAUGAUAGCAGUAAUAUGAAGAAGGUGGUGGAAUAUGGUGGCUUUAAGGCAUCUGCUUUCUUACAUCUUUCAGCUGAUAUUGAAAGAUGCUUUGGAAAUGCACGUAAGAACAUAAGGUGAUUUUGAAAUCUCACUCAGCCAGCAGGCCAUUGGACCUAUGUGAAGCAGGGCAGGAUGUAUGGGCAAGUAUUGUUGUAAAUAUUAGAACAAGUAGUCACAUGGAGCACUGGUUUUCAUUUAUCUCAAUAUUUUUGCUCUUCUUGUUUAUCUAGAUGUUUCUGCGUUCAAAUCCCAGAAUUUCUGACCCCUUGUCAUGCUGGCUAGGUUGUCUGGCAGCUGAAGUCCAAAAUACUCAGAGACCCAAAGUUUGAAAACCACUGACACACAGGACGGGUAACCCAGAAUCAAAGCACAGACCCUUUGAUUUGUUGGGUGUACAAUCUGUCUACAGGUAGUCCUUCUGGCUCAAGAGUUACUACGCUGUCUACCAAGCAGUACAUUAUGUUUGGUGUUAGUGACAGUGGAAAUCCUUAGACUGUUGAACAGCUAGAAUACCAGAAAAUGAAUCUUACUUCAGAAUACUCUGCACUGCCUUUGAGAUAAAAUGAACUUCCUUCUCUCAGUCUCAAGGGGUUAUUGUGCCCACAAUAAUGCCAACCAAAGCCUUCUUUUUCUUUCAAAAGUCUGCCUUGCUAGAUUCUGUCUCUGAGAUGGUCAAACAAUGCCAGCUUCAGCAGCCUGGCUGCUUUCUUUCAUCUUGACUUGCUAUAGCAAUUUCAGUGGUCUGUUAAAAUCUGCUGCUGGAGACUUCUGCCCAUGAUUGCCCACCUGACACUAUUUUGCUAUGCUUAUAGUUUAUGAUCCUGUUUUCAUUUCGUAUAGACAGUAGUUACAUUGUGUGACUGUGCCACUUUAAAAAUAAAAUUGAGAUGUUGUCUUAGCUAAAAUUUGAGAGGUGUAAUUACUGAAAUGCAGGGUACCUGAAGCUUUAUUAUCAGGCAACAGAAGAGUGAAUCAUGAAAACAAAUGUAAUAAUGAUGAUUUUUUUAAAAGUCUAACAAAUAAAUUUUUUAAAAUAA